AUGCGCCAAUUUGUGAAUCCGAAAACGUUUGGACGACCGACGAUUGGCUUGGCGCUGUUUGGUUGCAAGAAUCGCCCCUUCUACCAACUUUGUGUUUUUCCGGAUCGAGCUUUGGGAAGAAGAUACGAAGGAACCCUCAUUGAACAGAUUGGUUCCUUUGAUCCGUUACCGAAUCAACAAAACGAGAAGCUCGUCGCGUUGAAUAUUGGACGAAUCAAGUAUUGGAUUGGUGAGAGAAACGCCCAUAUCUCUGUACCAGUUUUGGAGUUGCUAGGUCUAUCCGGCCUAUUCCCUAUUCACCCAAAGACCUACAUUAGAGCAAGGACCUUUAUCAUGAUUCAACUAUUGAUUCGACUAUUGAUUCUAUUAUUUUUUUCUACCGUAUCUUCAAAUGACCAGUGUUACAAUGAUCUCACAAUUCUUUAUGAGGAGAGAAAUUUGACUAUCGAGGAUAAAACGCGUUAUUAUAUUGAAAAGGAUACGCUCAGAUGUUAUAAAAAACACGAGGGGCUGAAAUCAGAGCAAUCAGACGAUCCAUCAGCUUGUCCAUCAACUCUUGCAACGAUCAAUGUUUCACCGAAGCGAAUAAUCCCAGAAGAUCGGCUACAACUUCCAUGGAUGACGGCAAAUAUCACAGUUGAUGUUAUGGAGGAAUUUCAAUGGGUUGUCCUUCAAUUCGAGUGUUUACAAGCAUCCGAUAUCGAAGAUGGAUAUUGUCAUAAGAAAUCGAGCCUUGUUCACUAUGACGGUAAAACGAUUCAACCAUGUCGAUUCCUGAAUCUGAACGGAUCAAAACCAAUUUUUCCUCUCCUUUUUUCGUACAAUUGCUUCCGUAUUUUUGGGUUUUCUCAAUAUCGAGUCAAUGUUACUUUUUAUCCACAAAACUGUCGAACAACAGUCCUUUUCACAUUACCAUCAAUUGGAGAUAUCUAUCCAGAGAUCAUGCAGUUUUACCACAAUCAGAACAUAACCUACGAUCAACAAGCCGAAUGGUCUCCUCUUCUUAUCGUCGAUUCGACUCCAGUUGACGGGGUUUGGUUUCGUUUCGCGACACCGCAGAACUACACAUGGAGAGAAAUGAGAAUAUCGAUUGCUGAACGAUCGGAUGACGAUAAAAUAUUGGGGAUUGUUAAGGAAUUCGUUGUACCCAAUCCAGCAACCGGCAUCAAAUGGGAAUCGGCUCCAAAGGGGAGUUAUUCUGCAAUUGCGUACAUUCAACGACACGAUUGUUUGCUCAUUUGCAAUAAUGCGCCGAAUUGUCGAGUUUGUUCACAUACACCGAUCAAUUUCACUUUGGACGAGAAUAAGGGAAGCGUUUCAUGGAAAACUCUUCGAGCUGUUCGAGAUGCCGGCAUUUAUGUGAUUCUAAUAUUGCUUGGUAUUGUGGUCAGUGUUGGAGUUGGUGGAUUUGCUGUCUUAAACUACAUUCGUCGAAGAAAUAUCAAGAAUCCACUUAGUUAUGAAUUGACGGAAAGACCGAAAGUGUUGAUGAUUUUCGCGGAUGAUUGUCAAGAACAUACCGAUGUUGUGCUUCAAUUGGCUGCAUCUCUUGAGAAAUUGGCAAAUGGGCGGGUAUUGGUUGAUCAAGAAGAGUUAUUGGUAUCAGGCGAAAAACCCUCCCGUUGGCUCCUUUCAUCUCUAUCUUCUUCUUCAAAAGUUCUCAUUGUUGUUUCACCAUCUGUGCCAUUUCUGCUCGAGAAUGAGAAUUUGACUCCAUCAAAAUCUCUCAUUCAACGUCGUCCAUUCCCCGAUCUCUUUCCAACGGCGAUCGAUAUGAUCACCAGUGAAAUCUCAAUGAAAAGCAAUCGUGACCGUUUUGCGAUCGUCCGUCUACCGUAUUCCCCGAUCACUCCACCGCAUUUGGCUUUACUUGGCUUACGAGGAUUUGAGGUGCCGACAGAUAUGAUGUCUUUGACUUCAUUCCUUCACGGUGUUCAAGCAACUUGUGUCUCCCAUCCACACGAAGAAGAAGAAAGACAACGAAUGCAAGAAGUGAUUGCAAAAUUCCUGGCAAUGUCCUCUAUGAAACCCGAUUGGUUGGAUGAACGACUUAUUGACAAAAAAUCCGACAUGACGAGCAUCGAAAUUGAAGAUAUUCCAUAUCAAAGAGAGACGAGUAAUCAUUCACUUAAGAAUUCCGAUGAAGGCCUCGGAUUGAUGGAACCCGCGGAAAGCGAUGAAGAGUUCGAUGAUCACAAUCAUCACCAAACGGCUCGAAUGCAAUUGAUCGAACCAAGUGAUUCAGAUACGGAG